AUGUACGACAACGAAGCGUUGUACGAUAUUUGCAGGCGCAAUCUCGACAUCGAGCGCCCCACCUACACGAACCUGAACAGGCUGUUGGCCCAGAUAAUAUCCUCGCUGACGGCCUCGCUGCGCUUUGACGGCGCGCUCAACGUGGACAUCACGGAGUUCCAGACGAACCUGGUGCCGUACCCGCGCAUCCACUUCAUGCUCUCGAGCUACGCACCGGUGAUCUCUGCAGAGAAGGCCUACCACGAGCAGCUCUCUGUGGCGGAAAUUACCAUGUCCGUGUUUGAACCCUCGGCCAUGUUUGUCAAGUGUGACCCCCGCCACGGCAAGUACAUGGACGUGAAUGCAUCGGUUGCCACAAUCAAGACGAAGCGCACGAUUCAGUUUGUGGACUGGUGCCCUACUGGGUUCAAGGUCGGCAUCAACUACCAGCCGCCCACCGUGGUGCCCGGUGGUGACUUGGCCAAGGUGAUGCGCGCCUGCUGCAUGAUCAGCAACUCCACGGCCAUCGCGGAGGUGUUCUCCCGCAUUGACCACAAGUUCGACCUCAUGUACUCCAAACGCGCCUUCGUCCACUGGUACGUCGGCGAGGGCAUGGAGGAAGGGGAGUUCUCAGAGGCCCGCGAGGACCUGGCCGCGCUGGAGAAAGACUACGAGGAGGUUGGUAUUGAAACCGCCGAGGGGGAGGGCGAAGAGGAGGGCUAUGGAGAGUCCAUCUGGACAUGUUUAGGAGGGUCCAUCAGAAGAGUCCAUCCGCAGUCAUUUCGGUUCAAGCAGCUGCACGAGAGACCGCCACAUUCCGCGGCAGUCUCCUUCUGCAUCCUUUCUUUUAAAUCACUCACCUACCCAGACAGCUUCCUCAACACGAUGCGUGAGGCGAUCUGCAUCCACAUCGGGCAGGCUGGCGUUCAGAUCGGUAACGCUUGUUGGGAGCUUUUCUGCCUCGAGCAUGGCAUCCAGCCUGACGGGCAGAUGCCCUCCGAUAAGACAAUCGGGGGUGGCGACGACGCCUUCAACACAUUCUUCUCGGAGACGGGUGCUGGCAAGCAUGUUCCACGUUGUGUGAUGGUGGAUCUUGAGCCCACCGUCGUGGACGAGGUCCGCACCGGCACGUACCGCCAGCUUUUCCACCCCGAGCAGCUGAUCUCUGGGAAGGAGGACGCGGCCAACAACUUCGCGCGCGGCCACUACACGAUCGGCAAGGAGAUCGUCGACCUUGUCUUGGACCGUAUUCGGAAGCUCGCCGACAAUUGCACGGGGCUCCAGGGGUUCAUGAUCUACAACGCCGUCGGCGGAGGCACUGGAUCCGGGCUGGGCUGCUUGAUGCUGGAGCGCCUGUCGGUGGACUACGGCAAGAAGACCAAGGCGGCGCCAACGAAAGAACGCAAGGACCAGCCACAUCCCAACCGCUGCAAGCGCGGGUGGCGGAUGUACCGAGGGGACGUGGUGCCCAAGGACGUGAAUGCAUCGGUUGCCACAAUCAAGACGAAGCGCACGAUUCAGUUUGUUGACUGGUGCCCUACUGGGUUCAAGGUCGGCAUCAACUACCAGCCGCCCACCGUGGUGCCCGGUGGUGACUUGGCCAAGGUGAUGCGCGCCUGCUGCAUGAUCAGCAACUCCACGGCCAUCGCGGAGGUGUUCUCCCGCAUUGACCACAAGUUCGACCUCAUGUACUCCAAACGCGCCUUCGUCCACUGGUACGUCGGCGAGGGCAUGGAGGAGGGAGAGUUUUCAGAGGCCCGCGAGGACCUGGCCGCGCUGGAGAAAGACUACGAGGAGGUUGGUAUUGAAACCGCCGAGGGGGAGGGCGAGGAGGAGGGCUAUGGCGACGAGUUCUGA